GGUCUCGUCUAUAUAUAUAUAUAAGCACCACUAUGAGGAGGACUCUAGAGCAUGCACUCUAAAAUCUACCAAACUCGAAAAUGGCUGCGAAACAAUCCCAACCCCAAAUAGAGAUCGCCAUUGACGUACCCCAGAUCAGUUGUCACAGUAUAAUUCUACCCCAUCUUGAAGCUUCGAUUAUUGAAAAACCCCCAUCAAGUCUGUUGUCUAAAUUUCAUGCUGGCUACUUUAGGAUUAGCCUCUCUCUCUGCAGCCAGGCCUUACUGUGGAAGACCCUGGGAGAUCCAGCAGACGAUCCGCACGCUUUUCGGCAAGUUUUUUCAAUGCUACCCCCUACGGCUUUCGCUCUUUUAUGGUCACUGGCUCUAUUCACACUACUUUCCCAAUCCCUUCUCUACAUUCUAAGAUGCUUGUUUCGGUUUGAGUUGGUUAAGAAAGAGUUCUUCCACCCUGUUGGAGUGAACUACCUGUUUGCUCCAUGGAUUUCAUGGCUCCUCUUGCUCCAAUCAUCACCCUUCAUUGCUCCAAGCAGUAUUCUUUAUCAAACACUCUGUUCCGCAUUUGUUGUCCCGGUGUUGGUGCUAGACGUAAAGCUCUAUGGCCAGUGGUUUACGAAAGGGCCAUGGCUGUUGUGGACGAUGGCUAAUCCAACAAGUCAAAUAUCGGUGAUAGGAAACUUGGUGGGGGCCAUGACAGCAGCCAGUAUGGGCUGGACAGAGAGUGCAGUGUUUAUGUUUUCAUUGGGCAUAAUACAUUAUCUGGUGCUAUUUGUCACACUAUAUCAGAGGCUAUCGGGAAGUAGUAGUCUUCCGGAAAUGCUGACGCCCACCUUCUUUCUGUUCAUAGCGGCUCCGAGCAUGGCAAGCCUAGCCUGGGACUCCAUUUCUGGAAGCCUUGACGUUGCAUCCAAGAUGCUAUUCUUUCUCUCACUGUUCCUCUUCUUCUCCUUGGUUUGUCGGCCAACCCUAUUCGAGAGAUCGAUGAGGAAGUUCAGCAUAGCAUGGUGGGCAUACUCGUUCCCAUUGACGGUGCUAGCACUGGCCUCGACGGAGUAUGCGAAGGAGGUGACAGGCAGCAUAGCGCAUACCUUAAUGCUUCUACUAACAGUAGUCUCAGUGUUGGUCACUGUUGCCUUGAUGGUUAUCACUGCACUCAGUUCUUCUAAUAUAAUGUUCUCCCGCAAAUUAACAAAUCCGGUUCAAAGUCCCGCCAUAAUCACCAGUACUACUACUACUACUACUACUUGAUCAACGGCAUCGAUCAUGACUAGGGUCACAGAUCAUCUGUGUCAUUGAUCGGGUGGUUCUGAUCUGCACAAAAUAUAUAGAAGCUGAAACCAGAACAAGCAUAUCUAUAAUCUUCAUCAAUAGUC